GCCCUCGUCGUAGUCGUCGUCGGCGUCGGCGUCGCCGUAGUAGUAGUAGUAGUUGUUGUUGUUGUUGCUGCGGUGGUUGCGAGUGGCAGUGCGUAGACUAAAAUCCAUAUUGUUUAGAGAUGAGGAGUUGCGUCCAAAAGUGCGGCGUGGCCUUUGCGACUGACUGACUGGGUUGGAUUGACCCGAACGUGGAAUUCGUGUGGGAGUGUGUUAAGGAGGAGGGAUCUCCCCUUUUUUCCUUUUUGUUUUUCGUCUAGAAUUGUGUGAGCCACGCUUAGUUUGGUUUGCGAGCUGUGGUUCCGCGUCUCUGACUGUGCGCAGUGGUGCCUGCUUUUAGGGCCCUGCAUCCCUCCCCCACCACCUCUGGGUUGUGUUUUGGGGCGUGUGUUCGUGUGUGUAUGUGUGUGUAUGUGUGGUGGGUGUUGGUGUCUUACAAGGUUGUCGUGAGCGUGACCUUGUGAGAUGCGCCUCUGGUUUCCGGAUCCGUGGAGCGCUGAGGUGUUCCAUAAAUGCGACCACUGGUUGCGACCGGUGAGGAGUUGCAGUUUUCCCGACAUUGACGACUGGUGGGAGGGUGGUCCCGGUGUCUGGUGGAGCGGAUUGCUGCAGUGCUAACAACGAACCGCACUGUUCCGCAGACUGCAGCAAGUUUGUUCCAGCGUUGGGUAUCGAUUGCGGUUUUGAACAUGGCUCAGAUCAAGUCGCUGCGGGAGCUGGCGGACUUGGGGUUCGUGAUCGCGUUCCGCUUCUAUGGGCGGUAUCCUGAAACAGGACGGUCGUUCUACCACCCUCCGUCUUGCGAGACUGGCCCAGCCGAUGCACAAGCUUCAAGUCUCACUGGUUCUGGCAAUCGUGGAAGGUCCUCUUCUGUUGGACGACCAGGUCUGGUGAAGGCGACGUCCCUCAUAUUGCCAAAUCUUGCGGCCCAAAGCUUGCCAUUCCUCUCAAGCGCCGGAACUCAUCAGGAUUUCGAUGUGCUCUCAUCCCCACGACCCUGGUCGGAUGCCUCCGCCUAGUUCCGGAUCACCAUUAAUGGUGCCGACUCAGUUGACGUGCGCAGCUGGAGGCGCGAUGUCGAUCUGAGUUGGAUUGUGCGCCUCUCCUUAAAACUGUCUCUAGCAACAUGAUCUAACCGUUUCCAAAUGGUUCUCGUUAACGUCGUGUAUUAAACCAGUUCACAGGAAAUCGUGAACAACGAUUAAGACCCUCAGCGGAGGAAUUAUUGUACAUGUACAUUCCAGUGGCAAAAUAAUAUGAGCCAUCGCUUUAUUCUUUUGCAAAGCAAA